UCUAUAUUUAAAACUCUCCCCCACCUACAAAGAAAACACAUACACAAGUACACACACAACACAACUAAGUAGGAAGAAACAAAGUUUCGUUGCAAAAUACCAACAAAACAAUUUAUAAGGUAGUUAACGUGCGUCUAAGAUUGUAGCUAGUAGAAGGAGCCAUGCAGCGUUUACCCGCCAAAAUGAUAGCCAAAAUCGCUCGUCCAGCAUGCGAUGUCUUCAUAAACCACCGUGGGAUAGACACAAAAAGGAACGUUUCGGGGUUGUUGUACGAUAAUCUUACGAGGAUGGGAGUGAGGUCCUUCUUGGACAGCAUGAACAUGAAACCUGGGGAUAGGCUUUUCGACCACAUUGAUAGGGCUAUCCUAGGUUGCAAGGUUGGUGUUGCGGUCUUCUCUCCUCGUUAUUGUGACUCCUAUUUCUGCCUCCACGAGCUAGCUCUUCUCAUGGAGUCCAACAAAAGGGUUGUUCCGAUUUUCUAUGAUGUGAAACCGUCGCAGCUUGUGGUCAAGGACAACGGAACACGUUCUCCAAAGGAGCUUCAGAGGUUCAGUUUAGCACUUGAGGAAGCUAAAAACACCGUGGGUUUGACGUUUGAUUCUUUGAAUGGGGACUGGUCGGAGUGGCUAAGGAAUGCUUCCGAUGCGGUGAUCAUGAACUUGCGGGAGGUAGAGGAAGAAAGGAAACACGCGAGGAAGCAACAACGUUGAAUGCUUCAAUGUUCAUAUUGUUGGAUAACCACAACAUAAAUUCAUUUAUUUUUUUUCGUAUAUAUAAUAUGGGAUCUUAAUGAGAGAGACCAUAUGCUCGAUGCCUUUAACAUCGAUCACUCAAUUCUGUGGCCUGAAUUCGCUUAAUAAUUUGGUUUAGGCUUCAGUUAUAUAUUUUUUUAAAUGCAAAAUUUAUUUAAAUUGGCUAAACAGAAGCACAAGAAGUGCUUUGACUAAUUCAUUUGUAUUACAAAAUUCAUUGAUUAAUUCAUUUGUAUUACCAAAUUUUUUGAUUAA